AUGCACUUUUCAAAAAGUAUAUUUAGUAACCAACAUUUUAAAUUAGCUGUUCUUGGAGGUGGUAGUGGUGGUCUUUCAAUUGGUAGUUAUUUUUCAAAAUUGUUACCUAAAGGAAAUGUUGUAAUCAUUGAACCAAAUACAUCACAUUAUUAUCAACCUGGAUUUACUCUUGUUGGAAGUGGUAUAAAAAAACUUGAGUUAUUUAGAAGAGAUGAAAAAUCUUUAAUACCAUCAAACGCAAAGUGGAUUCAAGAUAAGGCAGAAGAUGUCAUUCCUAGUAAAAAUAAAAUUGAAACAUCUAAUAAUGGUACAAUAACUUAUGAUUUUCUUGUUAUUGCUACAGGAUGCCAAACAAGAUUUGAUAAAAUAGAAGGUGCUCAGGAAGGUUUAGAUAGUGAUAAAAGUAUAGUUUCUAUAUACCUUCCAAAAUAUGCAGAAAAAACAUUUGAAAAAAUGAAAAAAUUUGAUGGUGGAAAUGCUUUGUUUACAUAUCCUAUUACACCUAUAAAAUGUGCUGGAGCACCACAAAAAAUAUGUUAUUUAUUUGAGGAUUAUCAAAGAAAACAUGGUAAACAAUUUGGUACAGUUGUAAUGUAUAAUACUAUAUUAGGAAAAGUUUUUGGAGUUGAAAAAUAUGCAAAUAGAUUGAUGAAACAUAUAAAAGAAAGAGGAAUUAUUUUACAUACAAGAAGAAAUUUAACCAAAGUUGAUCCAUUAACAAAUGUAGCAACAUUUGAACUUUUAGAUGACAAUGGUAAACCUACUGGAAAAUUUGUGGAAGAAGACUUUGAAUAUUUACAUAUAGGUGCUCCAUGUUCACCAGCAGAUGUCAUGCUUAAAAGUGCCAAAAGUAAUGAAAAUCUUGUUGACAGUAACGGAUGGGUUGAUGUUGAUAAAUUUACACUUCAAAGUAAAAAAUAUUCAAAUGUUUUUGGAUUAGGUGAUGCAAUAAAUUCUCCAAAUGCCAAAACAGCUGCUGCAAUAUCUUCACAAUGUAAAAUAUUAAAAAGUAAUAUUGAAAGUAUGAUGAAUGGAAAAGAUUUAAAAGAGAAAUAUUCUGGAUAUGGAUCAUGUCCUUUAUUGAUAAGUUAUGAUAAGGGAAUCCUUGCUGAAUUUGAUUAUAACGGACCAGUUGAGACAUUACCAAUAGAUCAAAGUAAACCUAGUUAUCUUAAUUAUGCUUUAAAAGUUCAUAUGAUGCCUCCUUUAUAUUGGAAUGGUUUAGUAAAAGGUAUCUGGGAUGGUCCUUGUCAAAUAAGAAAACUUUUACACUUAGGAAUGUGUCGUGAAUGA